AUGGACCUGAUAGAACUAGUGGACCUGAUAGAACUAGUGGACCUGAUAGAGCUAGUGGAACUGAUAGAGCUAGUGGAACUAAUGGACCUGAUAGAGCUAAUAUAUAAGAGGUUCUUUGUGAUCACCUUCCUGGGGUCUAUCCUAUGGAUCGCCGUCUUCUCCUACCUCAUGGUGUGGUGGGCACAUCAGGUGGGAGAGACCAUAGGCAUCUCAGAGGAGAUCAUGGGCCUAACCAUCCUGGCUGCAGGAACGUCCAUCCCUGACCUCAUCACUAUUAGUGUUAUUGUGGCCCGUAAAGGACUGGGGGAUAUGGCUGUGUCCAGUUCUGUGGGCUCCAACAUCUUUGACAUUACCAUGGGCCUGCCAGUCCCGUGGUUAUUGUGGUCGUCGUUCCAUGGUUUUGCUCCGGUGCCCGUCAGCUCCAACGGUCUGUUCUGUGCCAUUGUGUUGCUCUUCCUCAUGCUCCUCUUCGUCAUCAUCAGUAUUGCUGUGUGUAAGUGGAGGAUGAACAAGAUGCUGGGAUCUACCAUGUUCCUUCUCUAUUUUGUCUUCCUGGUGCUGAGUGUUCUGCUAGAGGACAGAGUUAUCAUCUGUCCUGUGUCCAUCUGA